AUGAAUCCACCUUUUAGUACAGCCGAAAAGAUCCUGCUUCUCAUCCGCCUCACAUGCCUAACACCAUGGACUCUGACCUUCUACAUCUUCCGCGCCAUCAUUAUCUCACUAUAUAAAGGAUUACCGCUAUGGCACUUCAUUCACUGUGCCUUUAUAAAGGUCAUUCUGCGCACAUUUACGGGUCGCCAGAUGCAAUACCUCUCGGCGUCUACUAGAAACACAUACGAAACCUGGGUUCGGCGCAAGUUGGCCAGAUCACACGGCGACCCAGCUGCGCGAGAGAGACUAAACGUGGAAAUCGAGCCACUAAUUGACCAAAGAUCGGCUUUACUCUGGUUGGGAAAUCGGCGAAAGGCGAAAAAAGUCGUGCUUUUCUUCCACGGAGGCGGUUAUGUGGCUCCAAUGCUUCCUGGACAUGUAGAAUGGUGUUGGCGCGCGUACGUCAGCGCCGGCGUCGAAUCUGAUACAGAAACAGCGGUCGCGAUAUUAGAGUACACUCUUUGUCCGGAGGCACAGUACCCGAUUCAGCUGCGCCAAGCAGUUGAUGCCCUCACUCACCUACUAGAGUCUGGCAUUCGUCCACGAGAUAUUGUGUUUGGUGGUGACUCUGCAGGCGGAAACCUAGCAGCUCAACUCCUAGGUCACUUGUGUGACCCUAUCCCUCUUAUCCCGAUAAUCAUGCUGGAUGAGCCUCUGGGAGGCAUGUUCUUGGUGUCGCCCUGGUUGAGCAACAAGAGGACAGACGAGUCAUUUACACAAAAUGGCUGGAUCGACAUGUUGUCUGCUGAGACGGUGUCAAAGUCAAACAUUUACUACCUGGGACUAAGUGCCGUUACUGAUAAUCCUGCGGAGUCUCAGAAAGUUGCGUUCCCGAUAGACAGGGAUUUGACGUAUAUGCGUCGUAUGUCGACGAUGGUAAAGAGGGUGUACAUUACGACGGGGGUGGAGGAAGUGUUUCGCGACCAGGCCAUACGGUACGCAUCAGAGGUUCAGCAGGCAAAUCCUCACUUGAAGGUGAAGUUUGACCUUUUGAAGAAAAUGGCACACGACUUUAUUCUACUGGAGGGCGAGGAUCAGACCACUGGGAAAUGUAUGCUGGCGAUGCAGAGUUGGUACAAGGAGCUUAUAGCAGACGCGUGA